CUCUGCGUCCAUCUAAGGUCAGGAGAUGUACUCAGAAGGAUUUCCUUCACUCACAUCCUUGGCAAGGGGAUGUGGCAGCCGCCCCUUGCCUUCUACGUUGUCGCCAUCGCUGUCCACCUGACCAUGUAUCCUGGCUCUCGAGUCUUCUUGAUUACCGAGCCCUCCUCCUCCCUCCUCAAUCCCUGCCUCGGCUACCUCAAGGAUAUCUUUCCCAUGGCAGAAACCGUGAUGAGCACGGCGAUGCAAGACCUGUACGAGCUCGUGCAAGCAAGGCACAUGAUCCUCUCUCGCUCGACUUUCUCCUGGAUGGCAACUUUCUUCUCUAAAUCUCUGCAGAGCGUUGUCUCUCCUGAGCUGGUUCCGGCCCGAUGGAGCGAAGCUCCCUACGACUUGGUGGAGUACAGCUUUCCUGGGUACGUGGCGUUGCUCGACCAUCAUGCAGGGAAGGGAUCGUGGUCUGUCCAUCCCGAAGUUGAGGUCAAUGGGUUUGAGAUCAACCUGCGGGAUCAAAUGAUUGCCUUCCCUCCUCACUUGCUCCGCUGCCAAAAGAUCAGCCAUCAUGUCGGAGGAACAGCUCGAUGCCCGAAGGAUGGAGAAGUGCAAGAUAUCGUGGAGCGACUUGGCUUUUGAAAGGGCCGCUCAGCCGGAGGCUGGGAGGCGCGGGAGCUCCGCGGAGAAAAAUCUUGCUAGUUAGGAACUUGUCGGAUGGCGUCAAUGUAAAACGUUCAAGCUUC